AUGGCUUCUCAUUCCUUAGAGGUAUAUGGUAAAGGUACUGCUGUUUGGUGGCCUGACGAUAAGUUUGGUUGGAUAAGUGCUAAAUUAUCGCUAAAAGAAAUUACUGGUGAUAACGUUAAAUUGGUUUUCAUAUCUGAUGACAACAACAAGGUAUUUAUUUAUCCAUCUACGAAUGAAAUGGAAUUAAUUAUCACGACUACAUUAAAAAAACUCGAUGCAACACAUAAUGCUGAAUUACCGCCUCUCCGUAAUCCUCCUAUGCUUGAGGCUGUUGAUGAUUUAACAAGUUUAUCCUAUCUUAAUGAACCUGCAGUUUUGAUUGCAACAAAUCCUUUCCAACCUGUUCCCUUAUAUUCCCAGGAUAUAAUCAAUGCAUAUUCUGGCAAACGUCGUGGAGAAUUAGAACCGCAUGUGUUUGCUAUUGCUGAAGAUUCUUAUAGAUGUAUGAUAUUAGAGAACAAAAAUCAAACCAUUGUUGUAUCAGGAGAAAGUGGUGCUGGUAAAACAGCUAGUGCUAAGUAUAUAAUGAGGUACUUUGCAUCAGUCGAUGAUAAAGAAAAACCGCGAAAUUUAAAAAAAUCAUCCGGUACUACAUCUGGAAUGAGCGAAGUUGAAGAACAAAUCAUGGCCACUAAUCCCAUUAUGGAAUCUUUUGGUAAUGCAAAAACUACAAGGAAUGAUAACAGUUCUCGUUUUGGAAAAUAUUUAGAGCUUUGUGAUGGUGCGCCACCAUCAGAAAAAAAGAAUUUGGAACUUGGUGAUUAUUCCCAAUUUCAUUAUUUGAAACAGGGUGGCAGCGGGACAAUAAAUGGAGUUAACGAUGCAGAAGAGUUUGAAAUUACACAGAAAUCAUUGUCUAGAAUUGGGAUAACAAUUGAAGUUCAAUGGCAAAUUUUUAGGCUCUGCGCUGCUCUUUUACAUCUUGGCAAUAUUCAAAUCACUGCAAGCCGUAAUAUGGCUACAGUUUCAGAUGCUGACAAGGCUUUAAUAACUGCCACAAAAUUACUUGGCAUAGACAGUGUAGGAUUUAAAAAAUGGAUUGUCAAGAAACAACUUAUCACACGAAAUGAAAAGAUUAUUACAGACUUAAAUGAACUACAAGCCACAGUUGUAAGAGAUUCGGUGGCAAAAUAUAUAUAUGCUAAUUUGUUUGAUUGGCUUGUGUAUAUAACUAAUGAAAGUUUAUGUAAUGAGAAUGUAACUAAAAAUGCAAAAAGUUUUAUCGGUGUUCUUGAUAUUUAUGGCUUUGAACAUUUCAAGAAAAAUUCUUUUGAACAAUUCUGUAUCAACUAUGCAAAUGAAAAAUUACAACAACAGGAAUAUGUUCGUGAAAAAAUUAAUUGGACUUUUAUUGAUUUCAGCGACAACAAACCAUGCAUUGAAUUGAUAGAAGGAAAGAUUGGUAUUCUUUCUCUUUUGGAUGAGGAAAGUCGUUUGCCAUCUGGUACAGACAGCACUUGGUGUAACAAAUUAUAUAAACACUUUGAUAAACCUGAGUAUGGAAAAUAUUUCAAGAAGCCAAGAUUUCCAAAAAAUGAUUUUACAAUUUGUCAUUAUGCAAAUGAUGUUACUUAUGAUGCAGAGAAUUUUCUUGAAAAAAAUAAAGACACUGUACCAGAUGAACAUCUUGAUUUAUUAAAAAAUACCAAGUUUGAAUUCUUGGAAGAAAUAAUCACCAAAUCAUCUCCUCCGAGUUCACCUACGACUCCCAAGCCUGAUGGAAAACGUUCAAGCUUAGCAGCUCCAAAAAAACCAACUUUGGCAUCUAAAUUUGAAUCUCAGAUGGUUCUUUCUCAAUUAAGAGCUUGUGGUGUUUUGGAAACUAUUCGUAUUAGUUGUGCUGGUUAUCCAACUCGUUGGGUCUUUGAUGAAUUUGUUCAAAGAUAUUAUAUGCUUAUUCAUUCAUCAAAAUUGAGUUCAGACACACAAAAAAUGUGUUUACAAAUUCUAGAUGCUUCAAUCAAAGAUGCUGAUAAAUAUCAAGUUGGUUCAACUAAAUUAUUUUUCCGUGCUGGAAUGUUGGCCUAUUUGGAAAAACUUCGUCUUGACAGAUUGAACGAGUGUGUGAUUCUUAUGCAAAAAAAUAUGCUUAGACACAUGCACCAAAAAAGAUAUCAAAUCAUUAAAACUUCCACCAUUAAAAUUCAAUCAUUAUAUCGACGUAAUAAGGCUAUGAAAGAACUCCAACGAUUACGUGAACAAACAGCUGCUAUUAAAAUUCAAAAAUAUUGGAGGGGUUACGUUCAAAGAAAACGUUAUUUACGUGCCAAAAAUGCAAUUUACAAAUUGCAAACUGUUAUUCGUGGUAUUAUUGCAAGGAAAAGAUAUCAAGAUAUGCUUCGCAAUGUCUCUGCAACUAAAAUUCAAGCUGUAUAUCGUGGAUGGUCAGCUCGUCGUGAAUACAAGAGAACAGUUAAGCAUGUUAUAUUCGUUCAAUCAUGUCUUCGUCGUCGUAUGGCUAGAUCUGAACUCAAGAAAUUGAAGAUUGAAGCACGCUCUGCAACACAUCUAAAAGAAGUUUCAUAUAAACUUGAAAACAAAGUUAUCGAGCUUACCCAAAGUCUGGAACAAAAAGUUCAAGAAAAUAAGAACCUAGAGUCGAGAACUAGUACAUUAGAAAGUCAAAUCAAAUCUAUUCUUGAAAGAUACGAGAAAUUGGAAAAUGAUUCAAAGAAAUUCAAAAAUGAAACAUCACAGUCCACCGUUAAAAUUGAAGAGUUUAAAGUACUGCAGGCUGAAAAAGAAACUCUAGAAAGUCGGUAUCGUACAUCAUUGGACAAUAUCAAAAAACAGGAUUUAGAAAUACAAAAAAUCACAUCCGACAACACCAAAAAAGAUGAAGAAAUUACAAAACUUCGUGCAACUAAUGCUAAAUACAAAGGUACAGAAGAUCCUGCUGCUGUUCUUGCAUUGAAACAAGAGAUAGCUAAUUUGAGGGAACAAUUGGCCAAGGUUAAGUCUGCUAAUAUGAAAGGAGCACCUACUCCACCUACAUCAAAUCAACGCCAAGAAAAUAGCUACUUAACUAAUGGUGGUAAUACAACUCUUAAACCUCCAUCAACUCAGAAACGAAAAAAUCGAAGACACAGUUUUGCUGAAUCUUGGGGCCCUACUGAAGUAUCUAAAAGAAAAAAUAAAUCAUCAACUGAUUUAAUAAUGGCUGAAGGUAAAAAAGGUAGUGUGAGACCAGUUUCUAUAUCGUAUACUCAAAUGAAUAUUCCAAAAAUUCGAGCUCCGGGUGGACGUAUUCAUUUAUCAGACAUAGAGGAUGAUCCAGAAGACGAGAUUAUGAAGCUUUUAGAAGACGAAGAAGCUCUUGAUGAAGAAGUGAUUAAUGGAUUGAUUAAAUCAUUAAAAAUACCUUUACCAAGUUUACAAAAUCCUCCGUCACAAAAGGAAAUACUUUUCCCUGCUCGCUUGAUAACUUUGUUGGCAAAACAAAUGUGGAAACUUGGAUAUAUAAAAGAAUCCGAAAGAUUAUUUGCCAAUGUUAUGAAAACCAUACAAGAACACGUUAUGGAUUUUGAAGGUGAUGAUGCAAUUCUUCCGGGUGCCUUUUGGUUGUCCAAUGUACAUGAAUUAUUGUCGUUUGCCAAUGCAUCUGAGAAAGAUAUGCUUCGUGGAGUAAACCCAGCAGAGGAAUCUGGUAGUAAAGACUUUGAAUGGCAUGAUUAUGAAAGAUUGGUAUCAAUUGUUAAGCAUGAUUUGGAAAGUUUAGAAUAUAACAUUUAUCAUACUUGGAUGAAAGAACUUAAAAAACGAUUGUAUAAGAUGAUCAUUCCAGCUGUUAUUGAAAGCCAAUCACUACCUGGAUUCAUAACCAGUGAAAGCCGUUUCAUUGCCAAAUUCAUCACAGGUCCUACAACACCUGCAUUCAGUAUGGAUGAUCUACUUAAUUUUUUGAAUAAAGUGUGGAAAUCAAUGAAAUCUUAUUACGUUGAAUUGACUGUUGUUCAACAAGUGGUUACCGAGUUGUUAAAACUUAUCGGUGUAACGUCAUUCAAUGAUUUGUUAAUGAGAAGAAGUUUCUGUUCAUGGAAGCGAGCUAUGCAAAUUCAGUACAAUAUUACCAGAAUAGAGGAGUGGUGCAAGAGUCACGAAAUGCCUGAAGGCACACUUCAAUUGGAACAUCUUAUGCAAGCUACUAAACUUCUUCAACUCAAAAAAGCAACACCAAGCGAUAUUGAAAUUAUUUAUGAUGUAUGUUGGAUGUUAACUCCAACACAAAUUCAAAAACUUAUAAAUCAUUACUUUGUUGCUGAUUAUGAGAAUCCAAUCAGCCCUGAAAUUUUGAAAGCGGUAGCAAGCCGUGUAGUUCCUAAUGAUAAAAAUGAUAUAUUAUUAUUAGACACAACACCACUAGAAGAUUCUGGACCAUUUGAAGUUCCAACUCCACGUGAAACUCAAUUACCUGAUAAUUACUUACCAGCUUGGUUAAAUUUACCACAUUUGAAACGUAUUGGGGUUUUAUCAGCUGGUAAACGGCAAAAUUUUGAAAGAUACAGUUAA